AACUGUAAGAGGGAUAUAGCAGUAAGGGCUACGCUGUAGAUUCCGUUCAAGGGUCCCCGACCAUUGACCAGCCAAGGAGGACAGAUUUAAAGCAUACAAUGUGCACUACAAAGACACAAAAUGGGUCCACGGGAGGUCCUUAUCACGUCCCGACUAAUUGCACAGGUUCCAAAACAGUUAUUGCACCAUGGAACAGCGACAAAUGUGGAAAUAUUGGGUGUUUAUUUCGAAUACCCCGUCCCACCGUCGUUCGCAUCACCUCGUGGAACUUUCAACGGGAUGAAUAAACAUCGCCCGGCAGUUUCAGUUUACAUCCCACUACAACGCCAGCAAAGCGUUCAUGGGAACCAAUCCAUUCGUCGCCAGUUACAAAUCUACAACACCCUUUCAUCAAACACACCAUCAUGUUCCCUCACAGUAUCAAGAAUGCUUCACCCAGAUUGUGUCAUCAAACCUCAAUUGGUGCCCUCUCCUCACUUGUCAUUCACCACAACACAUGCUUGGCUGUUGUGUUUCUGUUGUCUCCGAACGGUUGUUUCCCAUCUCAGCAAAAGCUCCGACGCUUGUGCAUAGACAUGCGUCUGAGCGACAUGAGGGAAAAAGUUUUUAUAUCCAGAAGGAAAAAGAAAAUAAACACAUAGGGCUAAAACUUUGGCAGAUGGGGACGUGAGCCUUAUAUAAAUAUC